UUCCUAUUGGUUGCGUGCUAUCGAAUCAGAUGACGUGUCGGGUUUCCGGCGCUGGAGGUUACUGUCGGUCAUUUACCUGAAGAGGAGGCGGCAGUGGCGGCGUCAGUGGAGUUGCUGUUCGUGUUGCGCGAUACAGGGAAGAGCUCGCUAUUCAGAGCAAGUAAAGGGGCAGCUGUGUGUCCUGCUAACCCACCGGCACUGCUACUUGGCUGUGACCCAUUCAUGAGCUGCUCUCUGUAGAUUCUCUUGAAUAUUUGAAGGUCUUGUCCCAAAACAAAAGAAAUAUCCCUGCAAGUCUUGGCUUCCAAAGAUUAAACUAGUUGUCACAUUAACACAGAGAGAUCACUCCAAUUUUGUGCUUUCACUACUGCCUUGGUUAUACUUCACCCUGCUGCUUUACGCCGAUGCCUUGCAGACCCAGAGAUUGCUAAGUAAAGGCAACAACAGACCUAUUUUUCGUUGUUUUUUCUUGUUGUUCGUAUUUUAACACACAAAUAUGAAGCUUAAUUCAGAAGUGUGCACCGUUUUGUUACUGCCUGUCUAUUUGUUAAUGUUUGUGUACAGCACCCUGACAUUUAUACCAUGGUAUUUUCUUACUAAUGCAAAGAAGAAAAUAGAAAUGGCAAAUCGACUAAAAGCAAAGCCUGUGUCUGACAAACCUGGAAGUCCAUACCGGACUGUUAGCCAUUUUGAGACGCUGGCCACCAUAGACGUUCCAGGUGCUAACACACUUGACAAACUGUUUGAACAUGGGGUGGCAGCUUUUGGGAAGAGAGACUGUCUGGGCACGCGAGAAAUUCUAAGUGAAGAAAAUGAGAAGCAACCUAAUGGCAAAGUGUUUAAGAAGCUAAUUUUGGGAGAAUACAAAUGGCUUAGCUAUGAAGAAGUAAGCUUAAGAGUGCACCAUCUUGGGAGUGGCCUGUCUGCCUUAGGUUUGAAACCAAAGAGCACAAUUGCAAUAUUUUGUGAGACCAGAGCAGAGUGGAUGAUUACUGCACAGGCAUGCUUUAAAUACAAUUUUCCCUUGGUGACUUUGUACGCAACACUUGGAGAAGAAGCAGUAGCAUAUGGCUUAAAUGAAUCUGGAGCAAGCUAUCUCUUUACCAGUGCUGAACUUCUAGAGACUAAGUUGAAGAGUGUUCUUUCACAAGUCACAGGCCUUAAGCAUAUCAUUUAUGUUGGCAAGAAAAACAUAAGCAAAGCAGAAUAUCCUGCCAGCCUGGAGAUCCAUAACAUAGAAGCAGUGGAGGAAUUGGGAGCCAAACAAGAGAACUUGAGCAAACCAACAAGUAGACCACUACCUUCAGAUUUGGCUGUUGUGAUGUAUACCAGUGGUUCAACUGGCAGACCCAAAGGUGUAAUGAUGAUUCACAGCAACCUCAUUGCUGGCAUGGCUGGACAGUGUGAACGGAUACCAGGGCUCGGACCCAAGGAUACCUAUAUUGGCUACUUGCCUUUGGCACAUGUUCUGGAGAUGACUGCAGAGAUAUCUUGUGUUACCUAUGGCUGUAGGAUUGGCUAUUCCUCUCCCUUAACCCUUUCAGAUCAGUCCAGCAAAAUUAAAAAGGGAAGUAAAGGUGACUGUACUGUCCUAAGGCCAACACUGAUGGCUGCUGUGCCUGAAAUAAUGGAUCGAAUUUAUAAAAAUGUCAUGAGUAAAGUCCAGGAAAUGAAUGUUUUUCAACGCACUCUGUUUAAACUUGGGUAUGAUUACAAACUGGAGCAGAUAAAGAAGGGAUAUGAUGCUCCGCUAUGUAACAUGUUACUCUUUAAAAAAGUCAAAGCUUUACUAGGUGGUAACGUGCGCAUGAUGCUGUGCGGGGGAGCCCCACUAUCCCCACAGACACAGCGGUUUAUGAAUAUUUGUUUCUGCUGUCCUGUUGGCCAGGGUUAUGGAUUAACAGAAACAUGCGGCGCUGGCACUAUUACUGAAGUUUGUGACUAUAGCACGGGCAGAGUAGGGGCUCCGCUGACCUGCUGUGAAAUGAAACUACGAGACUGGCAAGAAGGUGGUUAUACAAAUCUGGACAAACCACAUCCAAGAGGAGAGAUAAUUAUUGGAGGGCAAAAUGUUUCAAUGGGAUAUUUUAAAAAUGAAGAAAAGAGUAUGGAAGAUUUCUAUGUUGAUGCGAAUGGACAAAGGUGGUUUUGUACGGGUGACAUUGGAGAAUUUCACCCAGAUGGCUGCUUACAAAUAAUUGAUCGCAAAAAGGAUCUAGUGAAAUUACAAGCUGGGGAAUACGUUUCUCUGGGUAAAGUGGAAGCUGCAUUGAAGAACUGCCCACUUAUUGACAACAUCUGUGCUUAUGCCAACAGUUUUCAGUCCUACGUGAUCAGCUUUGUCGUUCCUAAUCAAAAGAAGCUAACUAGUUUAGCUGAGCAGAAAGGAAUCGAUGGAACUUGGGAGGAUAUCUGUAACAAUCCUGAAAUGGAGACUGAAGUAUUAAGGGAGAUUAAGGAGGUUGCAAGCUCCCUGAAGUUAGAGAGGUUUGAAAUUCCCAUCAAGGUACGACUGAGUCCUGAUCCCUGGACCCCCGAAACAGGCCUGGUAACGGAUGCAUUUAAACUGAAGAGGAAAGAGCUAAAGAAUCACUAUAUAACUGAUAUUGAACGCAUGUAUGGAGGGAAAUAGGACCAAAGACUUUAAUGACAGAAACUUGUCCUGGUUUAUCUUUUUGUGGUUGUGUGUGUUUUUUGUGGGGGGGUUUUUGUGCAGAGGAAACUUUCAGCUGACUUCAUCCCAUCUCUGUGUGGAGCUGUGACCAUGCCUGUGCAUGUUUGUGGAGAUCUACAGACUAGUUGUUCUUGACUAAAACACUGACAAACAAAUCUAAGGGUUGUUAAUUUUUACUGGACUGAAUUUUUUAAAGAAAUCCCAUUUUUGGAGUACCUAUUGGUUUGCUUGUUGAUCAUAUCUAAAAGCAAUGUCAUGGCUUGGGAGUUUGCUGCCAACUAGUUUUUUUGGGGGUAGAUAAGCCUUUUUACUCCUUCAAUGAACAAAGUGUUAACUCCUUGAUAUUCUCUGAAAAAUUCCAGAGAUUUUAAAAUAUCUCCAUUACCUGAUACUCCAUACUGUGUGGAUGAUGGCAACCCAUGAACCAACGCAGGGGUUUGGUGUCCUUGCCAAUUUAAUGGCCUUACUUAAGCUGUAUGUAUGUAUGUAUGGGUGCACUCUCCCCACCCCGGCCAACAGAACUGUAAGGAUUUAAUCUGUUUCCUCCACUGCAUGAAGGUAUUAACAGCAAUUAGUCUGUAUUUUCCAGCAGCCCAGGAGACAGAUUGGUCCUGUUUUGUCUGGCCCUGCUGAAAUGUUACUAUUAGCUGCAUAUAUUGAUAACAUUGAUCACACAUGAACUGUUUGCUGCUUUUUGAAAUUGUUCCCCAGAGAUUUUUUUUAUUGAAAAUUCAGGGAUAUAAAGAAAAAAAAAAGUCUAUGAAUCUAACUAGAAAAGGCCAGUUGAAGAGACCCUCUCUUGCCCUAUAAAUUUAUUCUGUCCCACUCAGCAAUGAGGUUCUUAGGGGGAUACCUUAGUCUUCUUAGCAAGGCUGGAAGUUAUAAAUGAACCCUUUUUAUUCCUUGCAGAUGUCAAUUACUGUCAAGGCAAAUUCUAGCCUUAAAGCAACAGUUGUAUUUCUUCCUUAAUCCAUUUUAUAUCAAGAAUUCCUUUUCUCAUUGCUGGAAGUCUUCCACCCCUUUAUUGCAAUUCAUCCCUGGUACAGGACUGUAGUACACAGCUGAGCUGUAUGCUGUAAGCCUGGCACACAGUAAUAGGCAUAUGGCCUAUCAAAUUUAGUAGUACUUCUGCUGUGUCUCUUUAUAGGCAGGUGAAAUACUGUGCUGGUCACAUCAGAGGACAACAUCCUCCUGAUUUGUCAUGUGUUCUCCACUGCCUAGAACAGCUUUAUAUGCCCAGCAAAUGGGUUAUAGGCCAGUAGGGACUUUUCAGUUUUUGGUGAGCUCAAACUCCAAAAAACCCUUGGUAGUAGAUAUGUGUAUAAGAAGUGUGAGCCAUAUAUCACAAGUGGCUGUUUGUACAUGAACUCUACCAAACAAUGCACCAGAGAAGAGAGAAAUAUUCACUAUAAAUAUAAAUAUUCGGAUUGUAACGGGUGUGCUUGGAUAGUAGGUUUGGAAAAAUUACAUUUAAAACUAGUUAAUAGUGUGUUGCUUGCCCUUGUCUGUGUAGCUAUUUAUUUUCUAGAUCUGUCCAUAGCUUUUGUUUCAGAGCAAUUAGCAAUACAGCGUAGUAUAUACUGAAUCCAAUUUAGAGGUUGUUUGGAGGGGGAAAACCCAAAGACUGUAAUAAAUAGUUGCUAUUUGUAUGAAGUUAUUUAUUUGCUACCCCUGGAAGGGAAGAUGUGUAAUUCAUAUACAAACACAAGUGAAUCUGUAAAGUAGAGAGGGUGCUGCUGAGUCAUGGGUGACAAAUUGUCCGUGUACAUGGAGAGACUUCCCUUGAAGCUCCAGCCGGGAGAGUCCUUCAUGACUUGUAGUUAGAGCAGACAUGGACACCCGUGCCCACAGAUUGCCCAUCACUGUAUUAGUGCGUUAGCUAGAAAGCAGAAAUACUGUUAAAAAUAAAAAGUGAAGAUUUUUCAGUUUGACAUACUUUGCACUUUUAAUUAAAAUGACUUGUUACUGAUGCUGGUCUGUUUGUGCUGUCAGUCGGCCGCUAAACAUGUUCCUUUUUUAAUAUCAAUAUCUUGAACUAUUUAUUAGGAAAGAGAACAAUAUUUUGAAGCAUAUUUAAAAUAUAUAUAUAUAUAUAUAUAUAUGUGGUCUACAGAGAACUUAUUGUCACUUAAAUAGAGGUUUUUUUCUUCUGUUUUGUACUUGUUUAUCAGCGAAAUAACGGGAUAUAUUUUAUAUGUUAUGAGCUAUCAGUUCACUAUUCUGCCUGGAUAAUAGGCUGAUUUUCAACACUUUGCUUGAUCUUAGAAAGCUGGCACUUAAAUUGGGUUAGCAAUGUAUGCCUGCACACUUGCUGGGGCCUUAUUACUUGCAAGUGUUGUUUUGGAGUAUGAAACAAAGAUGUCCGCAGUGAUUUUAUAAACCUUCCAUUUAAGGUAUUGUGUGUGUGUGUGUGUGUAUAUAUAAUAUAUAUAUAUAUAUAUAUAUAUAUAUAUAUAUAUAUAUAUAUAUAUAUAUAUAUAUAUAUAUAUAUAUAUAUAUAUAUAUUAAAAUAAACCUAUGUGAAUCAAAUGUGUUUGUAUGGAAAACAGCCGGCUAAUAUUGUAUGGCUGCCAAUGCUGAAUAUGUAUGAAAUUACCACUGCCGAAGAAGGGACCACAGACUGAUGUGUGUGUUAUUUAUAUUCUUUUACAGUUAUGUAUUUUCCUGAACAUAUCAAAUUGUUUUUUUUUUUUCUAUCUGGUAAUUUAUUGUACAGUGUUUUUAGCUUUAACAUCACAAAUGCUACUUUGUUAAAGUGGUGGUGCGCCUGCUCUUUAGUGUUUGAGGCUUGUAUUUUUCUUUUGUCGUCUUCACCUUUGCAAACUGCCUUUUGUAUGUAUUACUGGUCGAGCUAGUUUUCUGUCGUGCUCAGGAUUAUUACCUCCAUUGAAGACACAGAUCAGAAACUUGUUAUCUUGGAAGAAAAAAAUAAAAUGGUUACAUUUGGAUACAAA